AUGGCGGAUUGAGGAGAUAAAAAUACGCAGCGUGUGUUGCGGCCGUCAUCGUACCGAUUUCUGUAACUCAUUUCCCACCCGUUAUGGCAGCUCAGAGACCCAUCGAAUGGGUGUCACAGCUGAUCACAAGAUUUGAGGAACAGUUACCAUUUCGUCUAAAUGGCCAGUCAGGUCAGGCCCAUGCUGAUUUGGAGAGGAGCAAACAGUGCCUCAUCAGUGUCAGUAAGAAGCUCUUCUCACAGGUCAUCAAUGGGCUGGCUAAGAUACUCAACAAUCUCAGCCCAUCUUCCAUGAAACCCCUCGGCCAGGAAGAAGCAAAGCUGCUCCAUCAAUCUCAGCUCAUCGUCCUGGAUACUCUGGAAAAAUGCCUCUCAGCACAACCAAAAGACACAUCUCGCUCCAAUGAGACGAUGCUGGUCAAGUCGCUCCUUCCUGAGGUUUGCCAGCUUCUCAACAUCUCUAGUGAACACCCGCUGACCACACAACUCAAGAUGUCUGCCUCGCAAGUCAUCUUUGCUCUCAGCCUGAACAACUUCAAUGCAGUCUUCAGCCGGAUAUAUGCAAGGCUGGAUGCCCUUGCCAAAAUCACCGAUGAAUCUGGAGAUGAGUCCGACAUUGAACUCAUCCAACACAUCAAUAUGGACUGUAAAAGAUUGACCAGACUUCUAACUGAAACUAUCUGCAAGUUUGCCAUGCUGAGGAAGAGUGUGAUGGCAACUCUUGUGGUCAGCCUUGAAAAGGCAAUCUGGAACUGGAUGGACAACUAUCCUGAGGAGUUCAUGGUGUUACAUGACUCUCAUGAAUCAGAAAUUCAAGAUUGCUGUGAGAAGCUGUUUGACAUGGCUGAGAGCCAACCUGAAAUGCAGUCAGCCAAGAGGAAAAGCUCAGUCUGGCUCCUACAGGUCAUGCUACUCAUCCUCUGCCCAGUACUGAUGAAUGAGAUUGUCAGCACCACCAAUUAUCAUCCCAACCCUUCCCCUAGACUGCUCCAGAAAAAGCAGUUCCUAGACAACCUGCAGAAGUCGCUGUGCUCUCCUGGCAGCAACAAGCAGAUGACUGAAUGCGCUGUCGUGUCCAGCGUCAAGCUUUGCAAGGCUGCGUCUUACGUCAGCAACCCGCAGAAAUCGGUGCUCUGUAAACUGGUCAACAAGCUCAUGCUGGACCUCAAGAUGCUUCUUUUCAACCCAGCUAAGCCUUUUUCCCGUGGUGCAGGCAACUUCUCGGCUGAUAUCGAGCUGAUGGUGGAAUGCGCUGUAGCCUGCUUCCGACUCCGCCCAGACAAGUGUGAACAUUUCAAUGCAUGCCUCUCCAUCAAUGCCCCACCACAUUUCCAUUUGGUGCUAGUGCGAGCGUUGCACACCAUCGUAACAAAGUCCAAUAUGAAGUGGUGGCCCAGGAUCAGUGUCGUCUAUGACACAAUGCCAGGCCCUCUACGGAUCCUUUUCACUGAGACUCAGUCAAAGGUCACCAGUCAUUGUCAGACCACCAUCCGAAGCAGUCAGAGUUUGACAACACUUAUAAAUGUCUACAGGAAACCAGUCCGAAAGUUCAAGGAGAAAUCCAGUGAGGAGGUACCCAACACCUUACUGCUAUGGCUGGUGCGACUAGUCCAUGCUGACCCUAAACUCAUGCUGCAUAAUCCCGACGGUGCAGGCCAUGAGAUCCAGAGCAGUACAGGCAACCUCAUCCGAGGCUUAGUCACGUUGAUGUACAUGUUCAGUACCAUACCGAACAUUGCUCAUGAAGCCAUGAGGGCACUGUUGACUCUCCACCAACCAGAGAACGUUGAGCUCUGGAACAGAGAAGCUCCAAUCGCUACAUUUUGGGAUAUAAGCUCUCAAAUGCUGUUUUCUGUUUCCCAGAAGCUUGUCUCAUGUCAGAUCCUUAACGGCACAGAGGUCUUGAAAUGGCUGAGCGAGGUACUGUCGCUGCGAAACUGUUUCCUAAACAAGUACAAAGACCACGCCACGGUCGACUGUAACAUUCCACGCACCAGAGAGGCCCAGGAUAAAUUGGAGUGUGUGUUCUUCAUGAAUCUGUGGAGCUGUGAUCAGGAGGCCGUCUUGACUGCUCUCUCUUGCUUCGGACAGCUCUGUGAGGAAGCCGAGAUCUGCUGUGGUUCUGAUGACUAUACUCUGACCCAGGUGCUACCUAACCAUAAUGUCUACUCAGAUCUUGCCAGUGCUGUAGGGAUUGGACCUCAAGAGAGGGCGGCAUUGCAGAAGAGGAUUUUUGCUCUGCUGAGAAGAAUAGAAUAUGUCACAGAGGGAAAUAUACAGUCCUGGAGGGAAACCUACGCCCGCUGGGAAACCAUCACCAAACAGUUACUUAGUAAUAAGGGCCGGGGGGAGGAUAGCCAGACAUUGGAAGGGCGAGGUAGCAUUCGUAGGCGUAUAUCACACCAUACCAUCCCAACACAAGAGCAUGAAUUGGAGUCAUGCGGGUGUCUGAGCCCUUCGCUUCUUCUCCACCAUUCCAACCCUCUGUCUGUGACCGUUCGUCUUCAGGAGUGGCAGAAUAUGACUGGUUUCCUGUGUGCCUUGGGUGGGGUGUGUCUUAAGACCAACAAGAGCCCCAGACAAAGAUACGAAUCUUCCUAUGAAAUCUCACCGAGGACAUCUCCCAUGUCCAGCAAUGGACCAGCCUCAGCAGAGAAGCCGUGUGCUGUCAACGAGUUCAUUGCAUGUCUGCUCAAGCUGUUAGUAUGCAGUAAUGAAAGACUUGGACCACAGAUCCGAGAUUCCGUGAAGGAUUUGAUUGGCAAUGAACUACAUCCUGCUCUGUAUCCACACCUCUUUGAGCUUGUUAAAGAGCAUAUUGAGAAGUUCUUCAGUCCCAACGGUCAGGUUGUCCAGAGUGAAACCAACACUUUGUUUAUUGAGCAUGCCAUCCAGGUCAUCCGACAAGUCCUUGACAACAGCAGUGAAGAAGCUGCAGAGUAUCUGGGUGUGUUUAGCAUCGAGGGGCUCAUGUUAGCUAUCAUCAGAUAUGUACGGCGGUUAGACCCAGGUACAGGCAAUGCUUAUGUGGUCCACAUCAAGGUGCUAUUUUGUAAUCUACUCACGGCGAUGAUGAAGCAGCGAGACAUACUGUCCUUCAGACAAGAGAUCCGUUUCCGCAACAAGUUGGUGGAUUAUUUAUCUGACUGGAUCAGCAUCCCCAGAGAGGAAGGCACUCUCCAAGCACGCGAGUUAGAUGAAGCCAGUAUGGAAGCCAUGGCUGCACUCCUCGUCAGUCUUCCCUUACAACCUGAAGAAGGGGACGCUGGAGACAUCAUGCAGGCCAAAUCUAACCUCUUCUACAAGUACUUCACCCUCUUCAUGAAGCUCUUGAAUGAUCUGACAGAAGGGGAGGAAGAGAAGGCGACAGAAGGGAGACAACAAGGAGACACACAGACCCACGCACACCUCAGGAAAUGUACCAUACAAGCAAUGUCCAAUCUACUCAGUGCUAACAUAGAUAGCGGACUCACACAUUCCAUCGGGUUAGGCUACCACAACGACGUUCAGACUAGACGUGCUUUCAUUGAGGUUUUGACUAAGAUCCUACAACAGGGAACAGAGUUUGACACCUUGGCUGAGACGGUACUAGCCGACAGGUUUGAGCGACUGGUUGGCCUGGUAACGAUGCUUGGAGACAAAGGCGAAUUACCCAUCGCCAUGGCAUUGGCCAGUGUAGUUGCUUCUUCACAAAUGGAUGAACUUGCCAGAGUCUUUGUCACAUUAUUUGAUGCCAAACACCUACUCUACCAAUUACUCUGGAACAUGUUCUCAAAAGAGGUGGAGUUGGCAGACUGUAUGCAGACGUUAUUCCGGGGGAACAGCCUAGCCAGCAAAAUUAUGGCUUUCUGCUUCAAGAUGUAUGGUUCCAACUACCUUCAUUCUCAGCUAGAACCGUUGAUUUCAGAGCUGAUGUCUCCAGAGAACGAGCACAUAUCAUAUGAGGUUGACCCAGCAAGGAUGCGACCAGAUGAGAGCUUAGAGGAGAACAGGAAAAAUGUGAUAGAGGCAGCCAAGAAGUUCUUCUCGGCUAUCACACAGUCCACGUCCAAGUUUCCAGCUCAGCUUCGUAGUGUAUGUCAUUGCCUCUAUCAAGUCGUCAUGCAACGCUUUCCUCAGAAUGCCAUUGGGGCUGUGGGUAGCGCCAUCUUUCUACGAUUCAUUAACCCGGCCAUAGUGUCUCCCUUUGAGCAAGGUAUCAUUGAUAAGAAGCCUGCUGGAAACUCCUUGAGAGGACUCAAGCUGGUCUCCAAGAUCAUGCAGAACAUUGCCAACACCGUCAAUUUCAAGGAACAGCAUAUGCUUAGCUUCAAUGAUUUCCUCUCGGCCAACUUCAAGGAUGGGAGAAGGUUCUUUGAGGAGAUUGCGUCAGAGGCUCACAUGAAUGACGUUGUCAGUCAGAGCAGUCCUUCGUUCACCUCCGACAGCAAUGUGGUGGCACUACACCGGUUGCUAUGGAACCAUCAGGAGAAGAUGGGUGAUUUCCUUGCCAGCAGCAGAGAUCACCGGGCUGUAGGUAGAAGACCAUUUGACAAAAUGAUCACUCUCCUGGCAUACAUCGGACCCCCAGAACACCCAAGACUUCUGCUAGAAUCACAAUGGGGAAGCAUGGACUUCACCAGCAGUAACUUUGAGGAGUUGAUGGCCAGACGGAACAUUCACAAUGAAGAAGAUUUCAAGAGACUUAAGAGUCUUAAUAUCUUCUAUCAGGAAGGCACCUCACGCUGUGGACAUCCAGUUUUCUACUAUAUCGCUCGUAAAUACAAGUGUGGACAGAUCGAUAUUGACCAGCUGAUCUACCAUGUGAGGCUGACCGUCAAACCUUUCUAUCAACGACCCUUUGAGGUCAUCUUAGACUGUACCAACUUUGGUCCUGAUAAUCGCUUCCGUCAGCAACACCUUCAGCACUGGCUGCUGUAUGCUGAGCACAUGUUUGAGAAUCUCCACAUGGUGUAUAUCUACAACGCUAACUCCUGGUUGAGAGAUUACAUCAAGCGUAAUGAAAGGAUACUUACUCCAUUCAAGGGGACAAGGAAGCUUGUGUUCAUUGAAUCAAUCAGCAAAGUGUCAGAGUUCAUUGAACCUGAACAACAGCACUUUCCCAAGUCUACGCUGGCUUUUGAUGAAGAUCUCAAGGUAUUCAGCAAUGCACUCAAGCUAUCUGAGACGCAUAAAGACACCAAGGUGUCUAUGAAGGUUGGCCAGUUUGCUGUGCAGGUGUCUUUUGUGGAUAAGACUAAGAUUCUUGGAAUGCCUGUACUGCUCAACGACAUCUACCAUGCCUCUGAGAUUGAUGAGGUCACUCUGGUUGAAGAGAACACCUUCGCAAUUACUCUUCAAGAUGGACGGACAUUGUCGUUCAUGCACCAAGAAUCAGAAGAUGUCACCAAAGCCAUUAAUCACAUCAAGACACGAUGGAAGAGAUCAAGACCGGAUUCUGAGACAGUUCAUCCCAAGAUUAGGCCCAAGGAUGUCCCUGGUACCCUACUCAACAUGGCUUUGCUGAAUCUUGGUAGCAAUGACCCGUGUCUGAGAUCAGCUGCCUAUAACCUCCUGUGUGCCCUGACUACGACCUUUAACCUCAAAAUUGAAGGUCAGCUAUUGGAGACAUCAGGCCUUUGCAUACCAGCCAAUAACACCAUCUUCAUUGUUUCCAUCAGUCAAACACUGGCUGCAAACGAACCACAUCUCACCUUGGAGUUCCUUGAAGAAUGCAUCACCUGCUUCAGCAAGAUCACCAUUGAGCUGAAGCAUUUGUGUCUGGAGUACAUGACGCCAUGGCUGCCGAACCUGACAAGGUUCUGCAAGCGAUCAGACGAGGUGAAACGUUACAAACUGUCUGUGGUCCUAGACAAGCUGAUCAAUAUGACCAUUGAUGAGAAGCAGAUGUACCCAUCCAUACAGGCUAAAGUCUGGGGUAACAUUGGACAGGUGGAAGAUCUGAUUGAUUGCGUACUGGACAGCUUCAUCAAGGUGACUGUUCAAUUACAGACGGGUUUGACUGGAGGGGGUCAACCACGGACUGAGGUCAUGGCAGACACAGCUGUAGCAUUAGCAUCUGCCAAUGUCAAACUAGUCUCUGCUAAAGUCAUUGAUAGACUCUGCAAGAUUCUUGAGAAGACUUGUCUGUCUCCUACACCCACACUAGAGAAACAUCUCAUGUGGGAUGACAUUGUUAUUCUGACCAGAUAUCUGCUCAUGUUAUCCUUCAAUAAUUGCCUCGAUGUUGCCAAUAACUUGCCUGCGUUGUUUCACAUCAUCCCAUUGCUGAUCUCUACGGGACCGUUACCUCUCCGAGCCUCUAUCCACGGUCUAGUCAUCAAUAUUCUACAUUCCCUCAGGACUUGCUCACAACUCAAAUUCAGCGAAGAGAUAAAGAAAGUUCUUGACCUUGGUCUGACGGAGUUCUCCUUGCCCAAGUUCUACGGAAUGUUUGGUAUCAGUAAAGUUAAAUCUGCAGCCGUUACAGCGUUCAGGUCCAGCUACCGUGAACGGCCACUGAGCCAAAACCUUGAAAUCAUGCCACUUAGCUCACUGGAGACAGUCACUGAUGCGCUGCUGGAGAUCAUGGAGGCUUGCAUGAGAGACAUUCCUGACUGCCAGUGGCUGGCAGAAUGGCACAAGCGCACAAGAGAGUUUGCCUUCUGUGAGAACCCAGCUCUCCAGCCCCGCGCCAUGGUCGUCUUUGGUUGCAUCAGCAAGCAAGUUGAUCCAGUACAGAUUAAGCAUCUAUUGCACAUGUUAGCCGUAGCUGUACAUGCUGUCAAGGACUGGGAACCGCCUCAGCUCCCUAGUAGCUUACUAUUGAUUGAGUCUAUCGUCAUAGCGUUAACCAGACUACAACCCCUGCUACGGAAAAGUUCACCACUACACAAGCUUCUCUUCUGGGUAGCCAUUGCUGUGCUUCAGCUCGAUGAAGUGUCCCUCUAUGCAGCUGGACUAGCGUUAUUGGAACAGAAUCUACACACGUUAGAUGAGCAAGGUGUAUUCAAUGAAGUUAGCCCUGAAGAGGUAUUGAUGGAGGUUCGUCGUCCCUUGGAAGAGUGGCAUUUCAAGCAGAUGGACCAUGCUGUAGGCCUCAGCUUCAAAUUCAACUUCAACUUUGCCCUGGUAGGACAUCUUCUCAAAGGUUUUAGACACCCAAGCAACACCACAGUUUCCAGAACCAUUCGCAUACUGAAUAUGAUGUUAGAAAUUGUCUCCAAACAUCGAAAUGUAGAUAUGUUUGAUGUCAAUGUAGAGAGUGUGUCCUAUCUUGCUGCCCUCUUGCCCUUCUCUGAGGAAGUCCGCAGCCGAUGUAGCAUAAGACGUGGUUGCCAACACCUCAGCGAAACUGAAUUGGAGCAGACUGUCUUUGUCAGCACCAUUCAGAUGCCCAAAUCGCCCACCAAGAAGACUCGGUCACCUCAGAAGACUGUCGUGGCUAGCAUCGCAGCCGCCAGUGCCAUCAAGACCCAACGCAGUCUGGACUCGGCACUGCAGCGACAGCCAGCCGACAAGAUGCAGCUGAAACCCUACAAAAGCUUGGAUCUGUCUCAUGGAGCCUUAUCCAUGCCGUCCUCAGCCUCAACGUCUUUAUCUGCAUCCUCCUCGUCCUCCAGACGAGCAGCCGAAGGAACUGAUGCCUCAAGUGAUCGUAGGGCCAGGACAGAACGGAAGCAAAGCAGUGGUAACAUUGUCGUGCCUAGAGCGAGGAAAGAACGGAAAGUCUCCACACCUUCAGAGAAUGUACUACUUGAUGAGGAGGUGUUGACGGACCCAUUAAUACAAGCAUUAUUGCUUACUGUCAUGGCUACCUUGGUGCGUAAUUUGAAUGAAGCCGAAGCAGGUAUUCUGUAUGAGUAUCUAGCAGAAGCAAGCCAAGUAUUCCCACAAGUGUUCCCCAUUGUGCAUGUGUUGUUGGACUCCAAGAUUGUCAGCAUUCUCAAGAGUUGUCAUAACCAAAGCACACUGAGUGCCGUACAGAGCAUUGUUCAGAAUACCUUAGCUAGCGAGGAGAUGGCUCAACAACAUACUACAUACCUGCAAGGUAUCGGCUUUGGUGGGCUCUGGAGAUUCUCCAGUCAAUUCUCACAGAAGGCUCAAAUCCGAGCCAAUGCUGAACUCUUUGUUAAGCUGAUUGGCGCCCUCAUUGGCCAGACUCAGCAAGGUGUUGAAGAUGAGGCUAGUAGCAACAAUUUGAGUCUCCAUCACCCCCUUCUGACAACAUCCAACCUGUCCAGUUCUAUGUCAUCUUUGUCUGUGAUGAGCACGAGCAGUACACCAGCCGAUGGUGAGUGCAAUGAGUCCCUACUGAGUGUGCCCAGUGUCGGCCGGCUGCGCCAUAGUUCAGCCAAUCAGGUGCCAAAGAAUCGGAGUGUGGGAAGUCUGAAGCGAAACAGCUCUAAGAAUUCCAACGGGAGGUAACACAGGGCAUGGCAGAUGGGCGUGUCUAAGGUAGGAUGCAUGGGUGCUUUAGAUUGUAAUGAAGAUCUGUGUAAGACAGAAAAACUGUACCUUAGAAUUUGAAAUGAGAGGGCAGAGUAUGACGUUAUUCAUCUGAGGGGGGGGUUGCUUCAAGUGUUACUAAAGCUUUUAUAAACAUGCUUUGAGCUAUCUCCAUUCAAAAUUUAUUCCAGUUUAGGAAAAUGUGAAAACAAUAAAUUGCAUAAUUUGCAUAACAUGUUCUAGGAUAAGGGGGUAUUGGUUUACGAUAUCCAAAGCCUUGGCUAGAACACUUCACAAGCUGAUUGGGAGAGGGAGGCAGGCUGCAGGAUGUCUCUUCAUUCUUCUGAAAGCCUUAGGCACUGCACAAGACUUGCCCUUGGGGAGAUAAGUUGAAAUACACAGGGCUCAAGUCAUCAGUUUCAGUUUUUGCUCCUGUUAGAAGAUGUUUACUUCAUAAGUCAGAAAACUGCUUGGCACUGAGUUAUUUGAGUUGUGGAAAAAAUGGAAAUCACUUCCCGAAAGGAUGUGUGCAGCGCCCCGAAACAAGAUUAGUUUUCAAGUUGAUUUUGAGUGUUUGCUUUUCCUUUGGGAUUUGUUAGGGUCAGUCUUACGCAGUGCAUUUGGAAUUAGAUAUGACCUUGUCUUCUGUUUGUUGAAGGUAAUGAAAGGUCCAACAUGUUGUGGUUCAGUAGCUUCUUCAAUCCAGUAAUUGGCGCCCAAUUCGGUUGCUACUUCAGAUUUCCAAGAUUGAUAUUGGCUCUCUGACUUGACCUGUGACAGACAUGUGGAUGUUUUACAGUGUAUAUAUAUAUAUGUAUCAUGGCCAUUGACACAAUGACAGAAAGGAAAAGGUAACAGAAUCCAACGUUUUGAUGUAAAAUGUAGAAGGGACGUGUAUUUUUUCUCAUUAAUAUAUUAUGACUGCGUUGUUCCAUUUGUCAUGACAGUGUAAAAUGGUUGACAUCUGGCUGUGUUUGUUAGUGUUUCUGUGGUAUUGAAAGUGCAAUAUAUAUCAAAUUUGAGUGUAAAUUGUUCAAUAAAAUUACGCCCUUGUAUUUCCUAUUUGUUCAAUAAAAUUACGCCCUUGUAUUUCCUAUUUGUUCAAUAAAAUUACACCCUUGUAUUUCCUAUUUGAUACUGUUUUCUUCAGCCCCAGAAUCGUUUUGUUUUUAUCACUGUUCAUGACAUUUUGAUCACAACCUUUCAAGAUGCCUUGAGAAUAUCCCCUUUGGAAAGAUUAAUUUACAAAGCAUGAGCCCAGUCCCUGUGCAUGUGUAGGUCACGGUUGGAUUCAUUUGAGUAAGCAUAGAAAGUUUUUCUUAGCAAAGAUUGGUUGCCAGCCCUGAGUUACAUAAGUCUGAUGUACUUGGAACUGGUUUCAAGCUCAAAAUGAAAAGAUUCUAAGCAUUUUGCCCCUUUUCGGCAGCAUCAAAUAAUCCGCCUUGAGCCGAAGCACCCUCUCAUCGGUUGAAAAGAGCCAUGUUUGUGGCGUGUUAAUUUUAUUAGUAGCGACACGACCGUAACGUGCAUUUCAUAGUGGUUUGAACCAGCGAAGUGCAGUUCGCAUCAAAGGAGCCACUGUUUCUAGGAAAAUAGCACCCUCUUUUGGUUCAGCUCGGGGCUUCUUAUACAUUGGCAGUUAUUUGCAAAGCACCCAUUGACACAAAAAAAGGUUUUUCCUGAGUUUUUAUGAUGGUCCUAAUCCUUGAAGUCAGAGAUUUUCAAUUGCACAAAAUAUUGUGUGCUUGUAUUUGGGCAUCGGGGUUUGUAGCUGUCAUUCAUUCAGUCUCUGGUCCAGUGGAUUUCACACAGUGAUAGGGUGUGUCUUAAUCUUCAUUCGUAGUAAACUCCACCCACAUUCAGGGACACCAUAGCUCUAUUAUUUUUUAAUUUACGUUAUAAGUUUAUACUGCACAUUGUCAUUUGAAAUAGAUGGGAAUUUUACACCGUUUUGGUAGCAGGCAGCCCAUCCAUGUAGAUUUAAAAGGUGUCAUAAUAUUUUGUAUCCAGUGCUCGGAGGUUGUAAGCUGCUUCUGGCCGUGAAGGUAUGUGACAUGAUGUAAUACAUUCUCAUUUUCCCUUUUUUUCAAUGUUAAUACCAAUUCAUACUUUUUUUUCAAGAUCAUGUUUUGACUGGUUUAGAUGUUAUCAUACCUUUUUCUCUUCAAUAUAAAUAUUGAAUGUUUCCAACUACCUUGUACAUCACGGAAAGAAUUUCCGGUGUCGUAGGUGCGUGAGAAGUUGUCUCAUUCUUGUAAUGUUUAUGUGAGUAAACUACACGCUAAUGAAAUAUAAAUAAAAGAAAUGUCUAGCUCUUGUAUAUGUUUGUAAUCUAUGUAUAAUCUUAUGUCUAUACCUGUAUAUUAGGUGUAACAUCUUCGGCUCCAAUGUGUUGUAAGACUCUUUUUUGCGAGGGACGGAAGCGUUUGUAUUACAGUGGAGAUCAAUCAAAUCUUUAUAGUGGACAGAUGAUAUGUGUGGCUGCUAUUGGUUUUUGUUUAUUUUGCUUCUGCCCUUGUGGAAAGUUUCCCUUGUCAAUUGUAAUAUUCUGUUUCAGUGUUUACUCCCCUCCCCCCAAAAAUCUGCAGGCUAUUUAACAAGAAGUCUGCUCAAAUCCAUCAAUUCCAAGGUCCGUAUGGCUCUAUGUGUUGUGUUUCAGGACAGGAAAUCUCACAUGAAAAUGUGGAAGGCCUAGCUGGGACCUACAAUCCUAAACUAAACAGAAUCGUGCUAUUCAGCCGUUGGGACUUGUUGAGGAAAGAUGUUUUCCAAAUAUACAAACCUUUAAUCUGGUCUUCAUUUUAGCAAUCUAUUAGACUUUAGUAUCAACCAACUCCUUUAUCAGAUGCAAACUGGUUUUCAUCGAACCCUAUGCUUAGUCUAUAGCCAAGGCUCGAUAAGAGACGAGUGUAUCUCAUGUGCAAGCUGUCGCUGCGAACGGACCAGUAGUGAAUCAAAUUGCGCGUUAGUCUUCUUUCAAGCAGUAUGCAUACCUCGCGUAGAUUUCUGGGACCUUGCCGCGAUCUCUUUGACUAAAGGCUAACCCAAGUUCUACAAUCUAAUUGACUCACAAGUUCUCAUAAGGAGCCUUAGCGCUAUGUUCGAUCAUGUCAUGUACAUGUAUUUAAUGUUGGGGAUGUAGGCAAAUACAUGUAUCGUACAUGUAUUAUGGAAUGGCUCUGCCCACACAAAAGUUUCUCCCAACAACGGAGUUACGGUUACCAGACAAAGUAAUAUUGUUUAGGAUUGAUUUUCUGCCGAUUCUGCUCAGCGUCAUAUAGGGUUAAUCUUCUGCUUAGAACUUAAAAUAUGUCCUGGUGCAAAUCCCACUUUGCAUAGAAAACAGAUGCACCGGAUAUUCAUAACGUUUUACAGCGCAGUCAUAUCCGUUCAUUAUGUACAUUUGUUUCUUGGUUUCUCCGAAAUAUCCCCGUUUAGUAGACAUUUUCGUAUGACGAAGUUGGUUCAGAUAGAAAGGUUGCUGUUGUAUUAGCAGGAAUGGAACGACAGUACGUUGAUUAGAACAUGAAAAAGAAACAAUUGAACCAAGUGCUAAUAAUGGUCAGUGUGUUACCCCAUUUAAUCCGAUUUCUUUCCCCUCAACCCGACAACCAUCAGACGUGUCUUUUCUUGGCCGUAUUCGUCCCAGCGUAGGCAAUCGGUACACUGGUUUAUUCGUCUUCAAUUUCCAAUCAAACCACAACGGGUGUCGUGAAGGAACUAUCUAUUCCCAGCUAUGUUGCUCUGAAGAUUAAACGCAAAGUGACUUUUGAAGGAAGUAACUCAACCAUGAUUUGACAAAAUUUGGAAUUAAUCAUGAUAAAAAACUUUCAUUAUGCCAGAGGUAGUUUGACUGUAUCUGCCCAGCUGUGAUUUGUGACAAAAUUAAAUUUGAUUAUUGGAUUUUUGCAUUUGAUUUUCUGUAGAGCAAAGCUUAUGUUGGGUUGUAACAUAUAUUGCGGACGGUUUUCUGCAUUGUCAUGUUUUGUUUUGAUUGUGAUUAUAAAUGUUCCUCAUAGACCGACUUCAACUCCAAAGAUAGCAGGGCAUGUAAUGUUCAUGUAAUGGGUUGCAUUGUGGUAAGUUUUUGUUUUCCAAGGCACGUCAUACACCUGUCAGUAAUUGAAAAAAAGAGCCAUCGACUGACGUAUCAAAGUUGACACGCGACAGCAUAAUAAGAAAUGACGGUAUUGGUAAAUCUACGUGCUAAAUGAAUUCUGUACCCCUCAACGUUGAAAUCAUUGUACUUAUAUUAUGCACCAUAUUGUAUUUUUGUAAAAGAAAUCCAGUUGACUAUAAAUAGCAUUUAAUGAGCUUAAAUAAAGUGGAAUAUUAUACGAAAUAUA